AUGAGUUACGGACCCUUGUACAACACCCAGACAGACUAUGGGGUACCAUCGAAGGUGUCUAUAUUCAAUGGGUCAUCGUUUUAUAUCCCCAACGACGAGCCAGAGCGUGAAAAGUACGCGAAUUUGAUUAGGGCAAAUGGCGGGCUAGUGACAGACCAUGAGAACCCAGGCAGGAGCUACUUCUUAUCGUCCACAUUCCGUAAUUCUAGAGACACCUUCAACUUCUUUUUCAUUGAUAACAGUUUGAAGGAUAAAAUCCAACACGAUAUACGCACAUACAAGAAUAUCUUGCCGGCAGGUCUCAAUUUGGGCAGAGCCGGGCAGGAAUAUGCUGAGCAGCAGCAUCAACAACACCAGCAGCAACAACACCAGUAUCCAUAUAACCAGUUUCAUCUGCAGCAGCUGGAUGUUCAUCCACAAUUGCAGCAACUUCACCACUCUGCCAUCGUACAACGAUUGACACCGCUGGCAGAAGAGUUUCACCAUCUCCAGGAGUUGUCUGGAGGAGUAGAAGUAGGUGGUUAUGGCACGGAUGACAAGAGGAAUGCUAACUCCAAGCAUUCGUUCACUCCGGAAGAAGAUGCAAAGAUUUUGGAAGCAGUUCGUAGAGAUCCAAGACGUCGUACGAGUCACAAGUUGUUUGACGAAAUUGCUAAGGAAUUGACAAACCAUACGGGUAACUCGAUUAGGUACAGGUAUCGUAAUCAAUUGGAGAGUAAAUUAGAAUUUGUGUACAAGACCAAUUCAAUGGGGGGAUUGAUCUAUGACGAUCAUGGGAACCCUAUCCAUGACUCAAUCGAUAAUUUACCAAAAACAAUGAAGAAUAGAUUCACUAUGGAGGAAGAUAAGCUACUCUGUGAAAAGAUUGUGGAGUAUAAUCAAAAACUACAUGCCAAAAAAAUUGAAGAUGGAUUGACAAAGGAACCAUUGGAUUUAUAUAGCCAAUUGACGGCUCCUGUAUCGUUUUUCAGAGACAUGGAAAGAAUUUGCCCGACCCAUACUCGUGCUGCCUGGAGAGACAGAUACAGAAAAUUUGCAACUAAGUACGGUAUACAGAGAUAUAUCGAUGAUUGUGAGAAGGAUAAUAAGCCUGGACCUAUGAAAGAUUUCACAAAGAGAGGCGGAAGGAUAUUGAAGAACUCUAAUCUGGACGAUAAGAGUGAUUCGAAGCUCGGAAUAAAAAGAAAACUUGAAAUUGACGAAGAAGAGACCGCCAAUGGUAAGGAAAUAGUUGCCUUGGACGAAGAAAUCGGAGGAAUCAAGUCUUCCAAUGUAGGUGUAUACAAUGAGAACAGCAAUUUCCAGCAACAAAAUGCAGAAAAUGAUGAAAUUGAAGAUGAGGAGGAUAACGAUGAAUUUGUGGAUGCAGAAGAAAAUUCGCUUGGAAGAACAACCAACAUUGCUGCCGCUACUGUCGCUCUGAAAUCCGGAGUCAAUAUCGAGGAGUCUGCUGAUUCGAGAAGAUCGUUUGCGGAAAUGAUGUCGCAGGAAGAUGAAUCACAAGAGCUCGCAUUUUCUUAUCCUUCACCAGGAAUCACCAUAGAUGAUAUUGUAAUCAAAAGUGUGUUUUUCGAAAAAGAAAAGGAUCAACUUCUCGAAGAGAUAAACGAAAUUAUAAGACAAGGUAAUUUGGAGAUAUUGGAUUUAUUUGCAGAAUUCCAGAAAAGACUAGGAUUCACCGAUUAUUUCUGUACUACGAUUAUCUUGUAUUCCAGUGGAGUAUACGAGAAGAUUUGGGCAUAUAUUUAUGCAGUGAUUGACAAGAUAUAUAACUACGGACAGUUGAAAAAGAACCAAAUCUAUUUGAUAUUAGAAAUUGAAGGAAUAGAUGGUGUUUGGAACAAGAGUUAUGAUGAUUUGUUACUCAGUGAAAUUGAGGCUGAUUUUGAGACCUUGAAACAAGUUCAAUCAGAAGUACUGAUAAUAAGGCGGAAGCAGUUCCUUGACUCGUCAAGAAAACCGGAACCAGAGUAA